ACAUUUUCAUAUCAGAUAUACUAGUACAUACUUUUCAGUUACCCUUACAUUUUAAUCAGGACAGUCCCAGUUUAAAACGAUUACGGGUGAAGAAAUGGCGGCGAAAGACAUGUUUUUCUUCUGGGGAUCAGGCUCGCCACCAUGCUGGAAGGCUAUGCUAGUUUUGGCAGAGAAAGGACUUUGGGAUGAAUGCCCGAAAAAAAUGCUGAAAUUCUCCGAGAAGGAGCAUAAAGGUAGCGACGUAAUGGCGUUAAAUCCGCGAGGACAGCUCCCAACCUUUAAAGAUGGCGACGUAACAGUUAAUGAGUCGGGUGCGAUUUGUAUGUACUUGGAAGAAAAGUUCAAUGACAGGAACAAACUUUUCCCAAGCGAUGUAGGGAAAAGAGCCGAGGUGUACCAAAGGAUGUUUGAAGUACAUAAUAUAGUCAGCAACAUCAUGGAGACACUUGUGAGACCCCGGAUGCAAAAUAAAGGCGCACCAUUAGACGAAGAAAAAACUAAAGAAAAUGUUGCCAAGGCCAAAGAGGAGUUGGACCGAUGGAACAAGAUGCUUGUCGGCAAGGAAUUCUUGUGCGGCAACGAGUUUACAAUGGGUGACGUUUUCUUUAUCCCUUUUUUGGCAAUCUUAAAAAGACUCGGUGCGACGUUAUCAGGACAUCCGGAGCUUAACAGGUACUAUGACAGCAUCUGUGGGAGGCCAUCGGUUCAAGCCACCUGGCCACCGCAUUGGAAAGAGGGUCCUGGUCCUGAUUUACUUAAUAAGGAUUUGUAACUACAUGUAGGAGAUGUUUUCACCAAUAUGUCUUUGCAUGAACCUAAAAUGACUUUAUUCCCUUUUUUUAAUUUAUAAAAUUUACUUGCAUACUUGCAUACUUAUUCGAUAUACAUGAAAUUCAUUUAAUUUUAAAAUCUUUUUCAUCAUGCUGUUUAUGAUAAUUGUUUUUUUUUCUUUAAUAUUUUAAUAUACUGAGGUAUACAUGUAUAUACAAGAAUUAUAGUUAUAUUUAUUUUUCCCAUUUGUAUGAACAAAAAUUGCAUAAUAUGGUGUUGUAUUAUUAAAGGAUAUAUCAUUAAUA